UGAGAGAAGGAAUAAGGAACGCCUCCAAACUAAAACAGGAAAACACCCACGCGCCCUCCCAAAAGGCGCCCCAAGCCGUCCGAUCUCUCGCCACGUCAUCGAUCCGCGUCACUUCGUGGUUAGACGGCUGAGAUUGCACUUUCAGAGCUACUGAUUUUCUUUUGUGAGAGAGAGAUUGAGAGAUGAAGAUCAUGGAAGAGGAGAGGGAGAAGGAGAAGGAAAUUAGGGUUUUGAAUGGCAGAAGCCAUGAUGCUGAUGAUGUCGUCGAUGGUGUAGAAGACGACGACGACGACGACGAUGAUGGGUAUGAUGAGAUCAUUGAAGCGGAAGAUGAUGAUGAUGAUGACGAUGGUGAGGAUGAUGACGAUGACGGUGAGGAUGAUGAUGAUGUUGAAGAGGUUCCGCACUCGGGUGGUGGUCCUCGAGUCCAGAACGUGGAUGGUGAGGAUGAUGACGGUGAUGAUGAUGAGGACGAUGAGGACGAUGAUGAUGAGGGUGACGACGACGACGAUGACGACGACGACGACGACGAUGAUGAGGAAGGUGUCGAAGGAGAGGAGGACAUGGGAACUGAGUACCUCGUACAACCAGUGGGUCGUGCUGAAGAUGAGGAAGAUGCGAGCGAUUUUGAACCAGGUGAAGAGAAUGGCGUGGAUGAAGAAUUUGAUGACGAUGAUGAUGAGGAUGAUGGUAAUGCUCGGAAGGAUGAUGCCUCUGUGAAACGGAAGCGGUCAAGUAGAGAUGAUGAUAGCGAUGAUGAUGACGGUGGUGAGGAUGAUGUGAGGCCAUCGAAGCGAUAGUGCCCUUCAGUUUGAAGACUGAUGUGGCUGUUUCCGAUGACUUGUGUAUUUAACCCACUAGACUGUUCCUCUUCGGAAAGAAGGAUUGUUAUGAAUUUUCUUUCUCAUGGAACUGUGAUGGGAUUGGAAAUUCUCAGUUGGGAAUGUGUUUUGAUUUUAUGUGGGUCUCUGAUGGGAGCUGAUUUACUGAUGUGGGAAAAUGGCUAGAACCUUUGUACAAGUUAGGAACUUUGGACGCGAUGUUAAAGUGUUUGUGUUUGUUUAAAAGAGAGAAUGAUGGAUGUCCAUCUUUCCCUA